AUGGACGCGUUCAAAAUACUGACGGCAGGAGCUCGCUUCGACCGCAGACGUUUCAAACAGGACAUCCAAGCGUUCGAGGUCAGCCCGAAGCGUUUCACACAGGUGGUGGUGCCCCUGACCGCAGCACUUCGCAGCCGAGCCAGGACCAACUCGAGCCGAACUGAUCCUGUUUCUUUCCCCCUGUAGCCCAAGUCUCAGACGACCCGAGUGGCAUCAACAUCAACUGCUCUUCCUGCCGAGUUGGACUUUUUCGGGAAUGUGACUGCACCACCAGAAUCGACCGAGACGGCGAGCAAGAAGCGCAAGAAGUCAAAGUCCAACAACCAGCAGCAGCAGCAGCAGCCACCAGAAGCGCGUAAGCAGGGCACGCACAUGCAGUCUUUCGAAAAUAAUUCAGAGUAGCUGACCUAGACCAUGCCAUCCUACAAAAGCCGACUAUGCAACGCUGCUCCGGACCAAGCGCAUCAAGUGCACCGGCGAUGACGUCCCCAACCCGAUACCUUCGUGGAGCCACUUGCCGCAAAACGCUCAAACCACCCUCCUUCACAGCAACUGGACGACCAAGAUGCGCCUCAAUGAACCAACAGGUAUCCAGAUGAGCGCUUGGGGGAUCAUGUUGGAGGUGAGCAACUCCGCCGAAUCACACAAUGCGACCGAGCUCGGUAGCUGACGAGACCGAUCCCAUCCAGAACCGUGACCUUUUGGCAUGUGCACCAACAGGGUCCGGGAAGACCCUCUCCUUCCUCGUGCCUCUGCUCUUAUCCGUCCCUCCGUCCACCUCGGACGAUCCCUCCACCAAGCAAGGACCCAUCGCCCCUCGAGCGAUCAUCCUUGAACCGACACGAGAAUUGGCGAUGCAAGUGCAACGAGAAGCCUUAGCCUUGUCACAGGGUGGCCGAUGGAAGAUCCGAGUGCUGGGUGAGGAUGGGGUUGGGGUUGGGCAGAAGCCAGAAAAGAAGAACAAGAAGCGCAGCAAAGCAGAAAAGAAGGCAGGCAAGGAGGGCAGUAAGACGACCGAGGAGGGGGCAGAAGAGGCCGAGCUGCUCCUGGAAGAGAAGCAAGAGGAGGAAGGUGGCGUAGUCGGUAAGUCUGAAGAACGAGAAACUCGUGACUUGUGUCGGUGCUCAUCAUGUCUGCCGUCCCCAUCUCAUCAGAGAUCCUCAUCAGCACCCCAUUGCGACUGAUCUACGCCAUCAAGUCCUCCCAAGUCUCGGUCGUCGGCACAAGUCAUCUCAUCCUCGACGAAUCGGACAAGUUGUUCGAACUCAACUUUCUCGCUCAAACAGACGAAAUCAUCUCCCACCUCACCUCGACGACCCAAAAAGCCAUGUUCUCCGCGACGCUUCCCUCAAGCAUCGAAGAGCUUGCCAAGACGGUGAUGAAACCUUCUUUGAUCCGUGCGAUCGUCGGUCACAAGGAUGCUGCGAACGACCAAAUCGACCAAACACUACUCUUCGUUGGUGCAGAGGAUCAUAAGCUCUUGAGCUUGCGCACACUGAUCGCCCAAGGUCAAUUUACUCCCCCCGUCUUGAUUUUCGUUCAAUCGAUCCUGAGGGCCAAAGAGCUCGCGACCGAACUCGUCUUGGACGGCAUCAACGUCGAUACAAUCCAUGCCGAACGAACGGCAGCGGAGCGGGAUGCGGCGGUGCAGGCUUUCGCGCAGGGCAAGGUGUGGUGUUUGAUCGCGACGGAUGUGUUGGGCCGAGGGGUUGAUUUCAGGGGGGUCAAGUUGGUCAUCAACUACGACUUCCCGCAGAGCGCUGGAAGCUACGUCCAUAGAAUUGGCGAGUUUGCUAUACCUAGGAGCUUGAUCUGAACUGGCGCUGAUUGAUCUCAUCUCUCACCACGACAGGGCGAACGGGUCGAGCUGGGAACCCCGGCAAAGCCAUUACAUUCUUCACUCAAGCGGACGCUCCCUACCUGAAGAUGUAAGCCAUCAAAGCUCUCGUAUCUCGGCUUCUUCAUUCAACCCCCUGAUGUUUGUCCAAGUCCACGCUUUCAUUCAGCAUCGUCAACGUCAUGCGUUCCUCCGGGUGCGCCGUCCCCUCCUACAUGCUCGACCUCAAAGCUCCUUCACAAGACGACAAGAAACGACUCCGUCUCACACCCGUCGGGCGAAAGGACAUCAGUCGAACGAACGGGUCUGGUAACAAGGACGCGAGGGAUCGUAAAGGAAAGAAGAGGGAAAGGAUCAUGGGUGGUGAAGAGGGUGUGUUUAAGAAGAGGAAGGAGAAGGUUCAGAUCGAAGAGUAG